AUGCCGUCUGAACACGACGUCGACGUCGACGGCGCACCCCUCUCUGCCAUAUCAGCAUCCGACAGGGGCACAGCAACCACGGGCACGACAGCAACGACUACCACGACCGACGAGAAGCGCCAUCGAUCCAAGUCGGAUCGCAAGUCCACCGGCGCAGAUAAAGAAAAGGACAGGGACAAGGACAGGGACAGGGAUCGGGAUCGGGAUCGGGAUCGGGAUCGUGACCGGGAGAAGAAGCACCGAUCUCACAAGUCGUCGUCCAAGUCAUCGCGGAGCAAGGUCAGCGAGGCCACGGCCGCCAGCGAGCUGUCGUCGAGCAGGCGGCACCACAGCGGCAGCAAGAGGGAAAGGGACCACCACCAUCCCCACCGCUCCUCCAGCAGGAGAGACAAGGAGAGGACCGGCAGGGAUGACGACAGCUUCCUCAGGUCGGCCAGUGAGCUCUUCACCGGGGUGUCGUCGGCCUCGCUCGACAUGUCCCGCAUCUCGCUGCCCUACCCGACCUUCAGCAAGGCGCACAGCAAGGAGGCCGUCCACAGCAAGGAGGACGUGUCGACCGUCGCUACCGAUCAGCCUCGUGGUUCCAACACCAGCAACCCUUUCACACCCGAGACGACGGAUGUGAAUACCGGCGACGACGUUACCUCGGUAAGAGGUAAAGACAGAGACAGGGACAGGGACAGGGACAGAGACAGAGCCAGAGAGGAGGAGAGAGGUACCAGAUCGGGGACCGACUUCACCCGUAAGUCGUCGACGGCGUCCAACAAAAAGUCCUCGCGGCCACCUACACCGCCAGACACGGACCUCUCGGCCGACAAGAGACGCGGCGGCGGCGACGACGAGAGCGAGCACUCGAGGAGACACCAGAGAGCCAAGUCGAGAACGUCGGGCGUGUCGCGGUCCGCGUCGCUGCGAGAUGAUUGCGGCAGCGGAUCCGCCGCCGCCUCACGGACAGGCGAGAGGUCUCCCUCGUCCAGCCAAGCCACGUACGUCAGGCCGCCCCAGCACAGGUCACACGACAUGCUACGGUCAGACUCGCGCGCGUCCAUCUCUCCGUCGCGCCGGUCGUCGACUAGGCGCACGUCGUCCCUGCGCGAUGGGCGGCGCAGCAGCAGGGAAGCCGGCGCCGACGACGACGCCGUCUCCCUCACGCCCCAAGACUCAUCACCCCAGACACCCACGCAGUCCAACGCCCCCUUCUCCCCGCACACGUACGAUCUCGAGUCGGAGCCACCAUCCAAGACAGCCACGCCGGCCACGGGCAUGGGCAGAGGUACGGGCGUGCCCCCGCCCCCGCCCCCGCCGCCCCCGCCCGCCGUCGACAUCCGGGACAUCCCGCGCGUCGACUACCUGCUCCAGAAUGGCGGCCUGGCGUACCCGGUACCGAAGCACUUCCUGUCCGUGCUCCCGCGGCAGAACGGCACGAGACCCUCCAACCCGCCGCUCGCCGGAGCCGACACGCUCUUCGCGCCCUUCUUCAACCUGCUGGACCAGUACUCGACCGUGCUGGACAGGCACGGAUCCAUCGCGGUGGCGACGGGCCACCGCUCCAUCGCACGGCGCCUGCUCGACCGUCUGGAGAACGUCUUCUCGCGCGACCUGCCCGAGCAUGGGUGCUCGUGCGCCAUGUGCGACCGCAAGGGCCACGAGAUCCACCGGGGCCUGACGUGGGGCGACGUGCUGGAGUGGGUGAGCGGACGCAUCGAGCUGCCGCAGUGGCCACCGUUUGACCUGGCCGACGUGGGCGCGAGGGCGGCCGAGAUGUCGGCCGAGGUGCCGCCCCGUCCCGCAUCCCCCGUCAAGAUGGACCCGGACAUUGACGAGCAGUUCCGCGAGCACUAUCUCCGGCAGAGCAAAAAGGUGCGGUCGGCCGUGGACAAGUGGCUCAACAAGACGCCCGACAUGCCGGUUCCGGCGCCGCAGGACGUCGACGACGAGACGCUCAACUUCGCCAUGCUCACCAGCCUCGGGCCCGAGGAACAGUCGUACUUCAACGCGCUGCUGUCGGGCACACGCGAGGUGCGGCCGGCGCCCCGCGCACCCACGCCGUCGCGCCACCUGCGCAACGACUUCAUCGUCAAGACGGGGCUGUCCCUCCAGCGCCUGUACAGGCUGCAGCAGGCGCCCCGCGAUGCGGAGAGCGUGGUGUACCUGAUCAAGAACCCGCACACGCACGAUCUCCUCGUCACGCUGAGCAACAUCAACAAUGCCGAGUGGGAGAUCCUGACGUCGGGUCGGUUCGACGGCUUCCUCUGGUCGGGGGCCGACGCCGACACCGGCGGUCCGCCGGGCGCGGGGCUGGACUCGCGCCCCGCCUCGGCUAUGAGCAACUCGACGCGCAACACGACGCCGCUGUCGCCCUACUCCCGCGGGGCCACGCCGGCAUCGCACAUCAGCCUCACCUCGUCGGGAUACACGGUUGGCGGCGGCGGCGGCCUGAGGCAGCCCGUCUCCAACGACGAGGAGUCGGAGAUGGCCGUCAUCGCCGAGAUGGAGCGAGACAUCUACAGCGGCAUGGAGAUGCUGGAGGACGCGUUCGAGAAGCUCCACCACCGCGCCGAGGUGGUGCGCACGGCCCUCCGCCAGCGCGGAGUCGGCCUGAUGCAGAACCUCCAGAACAGGAGACGCAUAGACGUGCUCCCCACGCAGACCGGCCUCACGCCCGGUAUGGAGUCCCAGGCGGGCAGGGCGGCGUCGCCGUGGACCAUGGCCAGCGAUGUGGACGGCGGGGGAGGCGCCGGCUCGGACGGAGAGUGGGGCUUCGACGACGUGGAGCUCAUGCCCGAUGACUCGGCUAGCAACAUCAGCUCCUCGAGACAUAGGAGGCCCAAGAGACGGGCUGAACGGAGGACACCGGCGCCCAUCGAGGAGGAUGAAGAAGAGUACUAG